CUUUUUGAUCGGAUUCCUUUUCUACAGAAAAUAUUCAAUUGGUUAUUGAAAUAAGGUGAUAGUUUGUGUUUUUUUUUUUGUAAAUGAAUGUUCAAUUUUCAGAGUUAAAUCACAUGUCAAAUGAUAGAUUGUUGCAUUUUCUGCCAAGUGUAUUUGUUAUCGAUGUGGUGUACUACGAUCUAUUUGAGUUUGACAAUUAUUUGCCUUCAGUACAAUGCGUGCAAUGUCAAUGCUCUGGAAAAUGGACUGGCAUUGAAACCACCAAUGGGAUGGAUGUCUUGGCAGCGGUAUCGAUGUAUCAUCGACUGUGACACCUAUCCAUACGAAUGCAUCAGUGAAUGGCUGUUCAAAAAUGCCACCGAUCACAUUGUGGCCAAUGGUUACAAGGAAGCUGGAUACGAAUAUGUGAUUAUUGACGAUUGCUGGAUGGAAAUGGAAAGAGAUCCAGUUACCCAAGAACUUGUACCCGAUCGAAAACGUUUUCCAAGUGGAAUGAAAGCAUUGGCCGAUUAUGUUCAUUCGAAAGGAUUAAAAUUCGGCAUUUAUGAGGAUUAUGGAACGCAUACCUGUAUGGGUUAUCCGGGUGUUAUCAAUCACAUGGAAUUAGAUGCACAAACUUUUGGCAAAUGGGACGUUGAUUAUGUGAAAUUAGAUGGCUGUUAUGCGGAUAUUAUGGACAUGAACAAAGGCUACCCGGAAUUUGGAAGAUUGUUAAAUGAAACCGGUCGCCCCAUGGUGUACAGUUGCUCGUGGCCCGUUUACCAAGAAGAAAAGGGUUUGAUGCCAAACUACGAGGCUUUGAAGAAGCAUUGCAAUUUGUGGAGAAACUGGGAUGAUAUUCAAGAUUCAUAUGAAUCACUCAAUAAAAUUACCGAAUAUUUCGCGGUGAAUGCAUCACGAAUUCAACCAAAUGCAGGACCUGGCCAUUGGAACGACCCAGAUAUGUUGCUAAUUGGAAACUAUGGUUUGACAGUCGACCAAAGUAAAUCGCAAAUGGCGAUUUGGGCCAUAUUAGCUGCGCCAUUGCUAAUGUCAACCGAUUUGAAAAACAUUCGCCCCGAAUUCCGUGAAAUUCUAAUCAAUCAAAACGUGAUCGAUGUGAAUCAAGAUGCGCUGGGCAUACAAGGCUCUCGACUUCGUGUGGAGUGCAAAAUUGAGACUUGGGUGCGUCCGAUAAAUCCAAUCAUCAACGGUGCACACUCGUAUGCAGUUGCAUGGGCUAGCAAGCGUGAUGAUGGCUCUCCAUGCGUGUAUAGUUCGAAAUUGAAAGAUCUGGGAUUGACAUAUGAUAAAGGCUAUGAAGUGACUGAUUUGUUCGAUGAAGAUCAUGAUUUUGAUCAUAUCUUCCGUACCAAUACCAAUAUAACGGUUCGCGUAAAUCCCUCAGGUGUUCAAUUCUACAAGUUCACACCAAUCCAAUAACUGGUCACAGCCAAACGGAAUAACGGUUAUUUCCAUUCGAACAUUUGUCCUCAUAAAUUUUAACAAAUUAUUCGCAAAUAAACUUGUGAAAAGAA